UAGCUUGGUUUCCUUCAGACGGACAAAACUUCUACUGAAAGCAUAAAUUGGGCAUAGCCAAAUUCUAAACAGAAGCCGAACCGUGCCAGAACCGUGAAAGAGCAACAGCGUCAGUAAAACGGCGGAAUAAUGUAUUUUCGCGAAAGUAGAGCGAACAGAAAAUAAUAUUCGUUGGAAAAUUGGCGGAGGUGGAAAAUAGUUCCGCCAUUCGUCAAUCGACUGUUAGGCCUUUCGCUACAAUCGAUACGAACAAGUGGUACGGAAUUAGUGUGUUAAAUUUUUACCCUAUGUGUUACGUCCGUUGAGUUUAGAUUACCGGAAAAACGACAAAGAAAUGAAAGUGACACAGUUCAGUUUGCCAAAAAAUUUCGAACCCAAACCGAAGAUUUGCCACCGUAAAAAAAUAUCCCGCUGCCUGUGGAUUUCUCCGGAUACGCUGUUCACUCUGUGUGAGAUAAUGCUGCGGAAGUUGUUGCUGUCGGUCGUGCCACGGCGGAAAUUUUGGUCAACAGUUGUUUCUUUGCUUCCUAACGAGUCCGCCCGCCGAACCGUUCGACAUCAGAUCGAGCAGCCUUGGGAAUUUAAUAGGUUCGAGCGUACAACAGUUAACUAUGCCAACCAUUGGGAACUACUGACCGCCGCAAUCCAGCACCGUUUGCCAAUGGUGUCAAACAUCCGAGUCGGUUCAUUGGUUCGGAAUAAAAUUACUCAGCUGCUGUUGGAUUUGGAGUGUUACAGUGGCUACCACCAUGGAAGUGAUUGCCAGCAGCUUCCAUUCCAACAUGAACCUAUAGACGAUCUGAACAACGAGUUUAUGGUGCGGCCUGAUAUGUCCAUCACCGGAACACCAGCGCUUAAUCCGGAAGAAGCAACUAGCCACUGCAGCUGUGAGCAACCAAAUUGCUAUGCACCUUCAUUCAGUAGCAAAGGGCAUGCAAUUCAGCAGCUGAUGGUGACGGGUCAGGCAACAUCUCAGCAGGUCAUACGCGGUAGCUGUCGGGUACAAAUGAAUGACUCCAUUCCAUGUGAUUGCUGUCAGGCAAAAAUGUAAUCUUUCAACACCCUCGCAUAACGAACCACAUUUUCUUUCUCAACCAAACCGAGCAGAUUGAAUUACAUGCACCCGUAGUUGAAUUACUAUUAUCACUCACCUGCA